CCUUUUCUUCCUCUCCUCUCCGGUUAAUUACUUUUUUCUUUUUUUCUUUCUUUUUUUUUUUUUUGGGUUCUCACCGCCUCUUCACCUUCCUCCCCCUUCCCCUCUCCCACCACCACCACCACCAACACCACCACAAAACCCUAAAAAUGGCGGAUUCCGGCGACUUCCGCGGACCCGCCGCGACCUCCGCGAGGCCCGGGGCGGGGAUCAUCACGCGGAUCCGCGUCGAGAACUUCAUGUGUCACAGCAGCCUCAGCAUCGAGCUCGGCGAUUGGGUCAACUUCAUCACCGGCCAAAACGGAAGCGGGAAGAGUGCGAUACUCACCGCGCUUUGUGUGGCGUUCGGGUGCCGUGCGAAGGGCACGCAGAGGGCGGCCACUUUGAAGGAUUUUAUAAAGACCGGUUGCAGUUAUGCUGCCAUCUUUGUGGAAAUGAAGAAUCAAGGAGAGGAUGCUUUUAAGCCUGAAGUCUACGGCAAUUUGAUCAUUAUAGAACGCAGGAUAACUGAAUCAACUAGUUCCCUUGUUUUAAAGGAUCAUCAAGGAAGAAAGGUUGCGCAUCGUAGAGACGAUCUACAGGAACUAAUUGAGCAUUUUAAUAUUGAUGUUGAGAACCCAUGUGUGAUAAUGAGCCAAGACAAAAGCAGAGAGUUUUUGCAUUCCGGGAAUGACAGAGACAAGUUUAAGUUCUUUUUCAAGGCUACUCUUCUCCAACAAGUGAGUGACCUACUAGACAAUAUCAGAAACCAACUUAGAACUGCAGCUUCAAUCGUUGAAGAAUUGGAAAAAUCAAUUAGUCCAAUAAUGAGGGAACUUGAUGAGUUGCGUGAAAAGAUUAAGAAUAUGGAGCAUGUAGAAGAAAUAGCUCAAGAACUGCAAGAUUUGAGAAAAAAAUUGGCUUGGUCUUGGGUUUAUGAUGUUGACAAACAAAUUGAGGAACAAAAUGCAAAAAUUGAGAAGCUGAAAGAGCGAAUUCCUGCUUGCCAAGACAAAAUUGAUCGAAAUUCGGCGAAGGUAGAGGAACUGAAGGGACAACUCAUUGAUAAGAAAGCCCACGUCACAUCUUUGAUGCAGAAGACAUCUGAAGUGAGGAGAAUGCAGGAUGAAUUGCAAAAUAAACUCUCACUGGCUACAAAAGAGCAGCUUGAGCUCAAAGAAGAGCAUUCUCGUGGAGAAAACUUGAUAAAAAAGAUGACUGGCCGCUUGAAGUCACUGGAGCAGCAAAUCCGUGACAUUCAGGAACAACACAUACGAGACACACAGGCUGAAGAAUCUGCAGCAGAGGAAUGCAUGAAGAAACAACAAGAUGAGAUUGAUGCAGCUCGUUCGAGUGUUAAAAGGUUACAGGAGGAAGAAAAUGCUUUAGCUGAAAGUUUGUCGGAGGUUUCAAAUACCAUUAAUAAUCUGACUAAAGAGGUAGAGGAAAAUGAAAGGAGAUAUCGUGAUUUAUGUUCGCAAAUACGUGAGCUUCAGCAACGUCAAACAAAUAAGGUAACAGCAUUUGGAGGAGAAAGAGUACUUAACCUAUUACGUUCAAUUGAAAGGCACCACAUGAAAUUUCGUAGCCCACCUAUCGGUCCCAUUGGAGCUCACGUGAAGUUAGUAAGUGGUGACAUCUGGGCUUUAGCAGUUGACUGCGCUAUUGGGAAGUUAUUGGAUGCUUUUAUUGUAACAAAUCACAAGGAUUCUCUUGUUUUGCGAGAUUGUGCUAGAGAAGCAAACUACCGCAACCUUCAGAUCAUCAUCUAUGAUUUUGCAAAGCCUAGGAUUAGCAUCCCGCAUCACUUGCUUCCUUCUACUAAUCACCCAACCACUCUUUCAGUUUUACAGUCAGACAAUCCUACUGUGUUAAACGUACUGGUGGAUAUGGGUCAUGCUGAAAGACAGGUCCUUGUUCAGGACUAUGAAAUGGGAAAGUCUGUUGCAUUUGAGCAGCGAGUACAGAAUUUGAAGGAAGUAUAUACGUCUGAUGGAUAUCGAAUGUUCUAUAGAGGUUCAGUCCAGACUACACUCCCUCCAAACAGAAGGAUGAGGACUGGUCGUUUAUGCAGUUCACUGGAUGAUCGAAUAGAUAAUAUUCAAAAGGAAGCUUCUAACAUUAAAGAAAAUAUUCAAGAAUGUAAAGGAAGGAAAAGGAAUGCAGAGGAAGCACGUCGGGAUGUUGAUGUUAGAAUACAGAGUGUGAAGAGGCGACGUUUAAAUGAGGAUCGCCUUUUAAUGUCUAAGCAAAUGAAACUCCAAGAUAUGAAGAAUAAUUUUGCUGCUGAGAAUAACCAUGAACCUGCACCAAAUGUUGAGGAGAUUUACGAAGAAAUCUCGCAAGUGCAAGAUAGUAUUCAGGGAAAGGAAUUGACCCUAGAAAAAAUCAAAGUUAAAUUGUCUAUGGCAGAAGAGAAAUCUAGUGAUCUAAAAAGAUCCUUUGAGAGCUUGUGUGAUUCUGCGGAAGAUGAAAUGGAAGCUAUUGAUUUAGCAGGGAGUGAACUACAAUUGAUCGAAGAGAAAUUACGGUCGGCAGACGAAGAGAGAGCCCAUUAUGAAGGGAUCAUGCAACAGAAAGUACUACCUGAUAUUAAAAAGGCGGAAGAAGAACAUGAGGAGCUCCAACGUAAUCGUCAGGAAAACUUUAGGAAGGCUUCUAUCAUAUGCUCUGAGAGUGAAGUGGAAGCUUUAGGAGGUUGUGAUGGGGCUACUCCGGAGCAACUGAGUUCAAAGAUGAAUAGAUUGAAGCAGAGGAAUCAAAAGGAAAGCCAGAGGUACACUGAAUCCAUUGAUGAUCUUAGAGCAUUGCAUGAUAAAAAGGAGCGUAAAAUUUUGAGGAAGCAACUGAUGUAUGCAGCUUUCAGGGAGAAGUUAAAUGCAUGUGAACGAGCACUUGAUUUGCGCUGGAACAAGUUUCAGAGGAAUGCUAGUCUUUUAAAGCGGCAGUUGACUUGGCAAUUCAAUGGACAUUUGAGAAAAAAAGGCAUCAGCGGACACAUUAAGGUAGACUAUGAGGAGAAGGUUUUAACAGUGGAGGUUAAAAUGCCUCAAGAUGCAUCUGGCAACACUGUUCGGGAUACAAGAGGGCUUUCAGGUGGAGAACGAUCUUUUUCCACUCUUUGCUUUGCUUUGGCUCUCCACGAAAUGACUGAAGCACCUUUUCGAGCCAUGGAUGAAUUUGAUGUAUUUAUGGAUGCGGUCAGCCGAAAGAUAAGCUUAGAUACUCUGGUGGACUUUGCAGUGGCACAAGGAUCUCAGUGGAUAUUCAUCACCCCUCAUGAUAUUAGCAUGGUGAAGCCUAGAGAGAGGAUCAAGAAGCAGCAAAUGGCGGCGCCUCGUGGUUAAAAAGUGCAUAACUUAUCUCUACUUUUCUUGGGUUUAGUUGAUUACCAGAGAAUGUCCAGCAUCUCCAGAUUAAUUGCAGCGAAAAUGACUUGAGUAAUCAGAAACAAUUCCUUAGGGGGAAUGUACUGUUGUUAUUAUUGGUAUUUUGGUAGAUAAGAAGGCUCUUUCGAGUGAUGCAAAUGUGCUCACUAGUGGCAUUCUUAUAACUGCAGUAAAACAUUUUCCUGUAAUAACCGCAACUCCAUAUUUGUAAAUAUGUGUUAUUAAACAUA